CGCGGUCAGUGACGCGUCCGCGCCCUUCACUCACCUUUUCCUCCUCCUCUGCAUCCCCCAGUCGCGCUCAAAUACAAACGAUGGAGUGCUCAUUUGCCUUGACGGGGAAGGACUAUGUCAUCGUUGCGGCCGACACGACCGCCGCGCGCUCCAUCGUGAAGAUGAAGGCGGACGAGGACAAGAUCAAGACGCUCAGCCCGCAUCUGCUCAUGGCGUACUCUGGCGAGCCGGGUGACACCGUGCAGUUCGCCGAGUACGUCGAGCGCAACAUCCGUCUGUACCAGAUCCGCCACCAUUACGCGCUGCGUCCAUCCGCGGCUGCAUCCUGGAUCCGCCGCUCCCUCGCCGAGUCGUUGCGCUCGAGGCACCCUUAUUCAGUCAAUCUGCUUGUCGGCGGAUUCGACACUGCACAGGAGACGGCGCACCUUUAUUGGAUCGACUAUCUCGGUACCUCGACUCCCGUGCCAUUUGCCGCGCAUGGCUACGGCAGCUACUUCGCGCUUAGUACCUUCGAUCGGUACCAUAACCCCGAUGCCACGGUUGAGGAGGGGCUCGCGACCUUGAAGCGCUGCAUAGAUGAGGUCGCGCUGCGUUUGGUUGUCUCGCCGGGAAAGUACAAAGUGAAGAUUGUGGACAAGAACGGCAUCAGAGAGCUCGAGAUCUGAAGCAGUCUCUGUUCUUACUGUAUUUCUAUUCAUCUUGUGAACUUGGGAUAUCCCGCCAGCUUGACGCGUCAUAUCAUGCAGAUCGAGUUAUAAGGUAAUUUACCUCCAGUACUUCCUCGAGUGCAUACGACUUUUGCCUGGCAUCCACC